AUGUCUGCCAACCAGUUUUACGGCGGCGGCGGCCACCAGCAGCAGUACGGCGGUGGUCCCGGCUACGGCGGUCCCCCCCAGCAGGGCGGCUACUACCCCCCUCCCCCCCAGCAGGGCUACCAGCAGCAGGGUGGCUACUACCCCCAGCCCCCUCCCCAGCAGGUCAUUGUCCAGCAGCCUCCCCCCCAGAAGGAGGGUAUGGGCUGCUGUGGCGCGUGCUGCGCCGGUUGUGCCGCCGGUGAGUAA